GCAAGGCGGCGCUGGGCGGCGGCGCGGGCCGUGGCGGCGCUCUGUCCCCGCCUUUCUCUGUCGGCCCGGGCUGGCGGGGCGGGCGGCGAAGAUGGCGGAGCCGAGCGGCGGCGGCGGCGGGCCGGGCCCCGGCGGGUCAGAGCUGGGAGGCCCCGGCGGGGCCCUCAUCCGCGUCACGGUGAAGACCCCCAAGGACAAGGAGGAGAUCGUUAUCGCGGACGGCGCCUCCGUGCGCGAGUUCAAAGAAGAGAUUUCCAGGCGGUUUAAAGCCAAACAGGAUCAGCUGGUUCUGAUCUUCGCUGGGAAGAUCUUGAAGGAUGGAGACACUCUGAAUCAACACGGGAUCAAAGAUGGGCUGACCGUGCACUUGGUCAUUAAGACUCCACAGAAGGUCCAAGAUCCGACAUCUGCUGCUUCUGCCGCCGGUGCUGCUUCUGCCCCCGCCACAACGUCCCCUUCUCCUGCUGCCCCAUCCCAGCCUUCCACAUCCAGCAGCGCUGCUCUGGACGCUGGCAGCGGCGGCCGACGGAGCAGCGGGUCCGGGACUCUGGGAGGUCCCGGAGAUGGAGGCCCCAACAGUGCCACAUCGAUCCUUUCUGGCUUUGGCGGCAUCACCGGGCUGGGCAACCUCGGCAUGGGCUCCGCCAACUUCAUGGAGCUCCAGCAGCAGAUGCAGCGACAGCUGAUGUCCAACCCCGAGAUGCUCUCUCAGAUCAUGGAGAACCCCUUGGUGCAGAACAUGAUGUCGAACCCCGACCUCAUGAGGCAGAUGAUCAUGGCCAACCCGCAGAUGCAGCAGCUCAUGGAGCGAAAUCCGGAGAUCAGCCACAUGCUGAACAACCCGGAGCUGAUGAGGCAGACAAUGGAGUUGGCUCGUAACCCCGCCAUGAUGCAGGAGAUGAUGCGGAACCAGGACCGCGCUUUGAGCAACCUCGAGAGCAUUCCAGGAGGGUACAACGCCUUGCGCCGCAUGUACACGGACAUCCAGGAGCCCAUGUUCAGCGCGGCCAGGGAGCAGUUUGGCAACAACCCCUUCUCUUCCUUAACGGGGAACUCCGAGAGCUCCAGCUCUCAGCCUUUGCGGACGGAGAACAGAGAGCCGUUACCGAACCCCUGGAGCCCCACGCCCCCUGCUUCCCAGAGCCAGGCGCCCAGCAGCGAAGGGAGCUCUGGCUCAGGAACCACCCAAAGCACACCGACCGUGUCCAACCCCUUUGGGCUGAAUGCUGCCAGCUUCGGGGCUGGCAUGUUUAACAGCCCGGAGAUGCAAGGGCUCCUGCAGCAGAUCUCCGAAAAUCCUCAACUGAUGCAGAACAUGAUCUCUGCCCCGUAUAUGCGGAGCAUGAUGCAAACUCUCGCCCAGAACCCAGACUUUGCAGCACAGAUGCAGAACCCAGACUCCCUGUCCAUCCUCACCAACCCCCGCGCCAUGCAGGCGCUCCUCCAGAUCCAGCAGGGACUCCAGACGCUGCAGACGGAGGCCCCAGGACUAGUGCCAAGCCUCGGCUCCUUUGGCAUGCCUCGAAUGCCCCCGUCCUCCACAGGAGGAAGCACAAUCCCGGAGAACCCCGUUCCCUCCGCUUCGACGCCGGCCAGUGCCUCUCCACCCGGGGGUGGUAACCCCCAGCAGCAGCUCAUGCAGCAGAUGAUCCAGCUGCUGGCCGGAGGAAGCUCUCAAGCGCAGAGUCCUGAAGUGCGAUUCCAACAGCAGCUGGAGCAGCUGAAUGCCAUGGGCUUCAUUAACCGUGAGGCCAACCUCCAGGCUCUCAUCGCCACGGGCGGGGACAUCAAUGCAGCUAUUGAGAGACUGCUGGGCUCCCAGCCUUCCUAAGCUCCCGUCACGCCGCCCGCAGAUGGCAGCACAUGCAUCCAUACACAUGCGCAGGGGGAUCUUUCAGGAAAGCCCGCCGUCAUUUUCAUAUCUGACAGCUGUCCAUGUAUUUAAAACAAAAAAAAAAGAUACAGCUUAACCCCUGACCUUCCUACUAAGUUAAGAUUUCAUGUUGAAAUGCUCUUUAACUGGCUUGUAUGUGGAUUCCAGUUCUCAUCGUGGCCACAGAGACUUCAGAUGUGUAUUUUUUCCUAAAUAUGCCCUCUGUCUCAGACACUCUUCUCUCUCUCUCUAGAUGGUAGAGGCGAUACUUCUAGUUAUUUACCUGAAUGAUUGUGUUUUGAGUAGCUUGAUUUUAACUGUACAUGAUUCCCUCCCUCCGCCCUCCUUUCAGGCAAAUAUUUAAAACUUGAGCCAAGUUUGGUUUCCGGUUCUUUCUCCCAGCAUCUUCUUGGGGAUAAUAGAGCAAAAGAGAAAAAAAAAAAAAUCGAAGCGACUUGGAAAUUUCUGAUGUCGUUUGUCUGAAUGAUUCCAUGGGACGAACGGGGCCCGCGGGCCACAGCAGGCGGGGGGCUCCCAUCUCCUGCAGCAGGGCUGGCCCUCCCGCAAAGCACGCGGGAACUCUGCUCUCUUUACGCAGCUGGGACGGCGCCCGGGAGCCCGGCGGCCUCAGGGAUGGGGCCGAGCGUCCUCGCGCCCGAGCUGAAGGUGCUGCACGGAAAACGGCGUCCGAGGGCCCCGCUCCUUGUGCGGCGGCGGCGGCGGCGGCCGCGCUCCUCGGGUUCCGUCUCUGUAGAAGCGAAAGGAGAUGGAAAAAAAUCAGAUCGCAUGAGAUCUCUCCGCUGGAAAGCGUUGGCGUCCGCCUGCUUCCCCGCUCGGAGCCGUCCUCGUUUCUGCCCCGCGGUGCCGAGCCUGAACGCGGCGGCUCCGCCGAGCCCCAGGAGCAGCGGGGCCACGGGGCCCGUGUGAUUUGCAGACCGGUUUUAUCAAGGAGAAAACAGUAAAAUAAUAAAUGCGCACAACCAUCCGUC